GUAUACACCAGUAAACAGGGUAUAGAUUUAUUGUUUUUCGAAUUCCCUUAUUGUCUUCACUGCUUUAACAUUCAUCGAUAACAACAAGGGAUUGAAAACAGUCUGCAGUUGAUCACGGUUGAGAUAUCGGAUGACUUAGCCUCCAGUUUCAUACGUGAGAAAUGGUUCAUCCUGCACAGUUGGAUCAAAUGACCUAAAGUUCCUAUAUAAACCUGAUGGAGACACUUGUUCGGCAACUGUUAGGCAGUGCUUGGGCGAAAGCAUCGAGCUCUGCAGUUUCAGGUUAGCGCUACGAGAGCAGCUUCUGUCUUCGUUUUCUUCUUCAGCGUGUUUGCGAUUUUAGAAAGAGACCGAGAUUGACUUCUCUUCACCCAAAGUCUUGUUCCAGCAUUAUCAGCACUCAAACAGUCAUUUCUGUUGCACUAUUUCCAGCAUUUAACGGCAAAAGUUGCUCAAUCAACGUCAAUACGUUAACUAUUCACAAUCCUCGUUUUCCUGCCUAUACAAUAUCUACCUAGGGUCUGCAAUAAUCACCACCAUGGAUCGCCUGGUAUUUUGGCUUAUCCUACUGUCAGUUGCGGUCAGUGUGUCCAGCAUGCCGACAGUACCGGGCAUCAGAGUGUGUAAGCCGGCCCUGCAGGAAUUCAAGUUGUCCGGAGGAGCGGAGAAGUUCCGACUGUUGAGUCCUAACUACGACCGCCAGCUUCCGCCGGAUGGGGAAGAGUGCACAGUCACGUUUGGGGAUUCCAAGGAGACAGUCAUGAUUAAUGUCACGUUCAGAGUAUUUUCCACCCAGUCGGGCCCGGAUUGCUCUCUGUGUGUGGGCGGCGUUCAGCUCUGUGGGACACAGCCCGAGGGAAAAACCUUUUCCUACAUCGUACCUCCGCAGAUGAGUUUCACCUUCGCCUUCCUCCCAAACAAAGACAGCAACAGUGCCAGAUUUAAAGCAAAUAUUGAAGUGCAAAAGUACGAUGGACAGGCAGUUGAAGAUUAUCAAGAUCGUGGUGCUUUCUUCGUAUCGCCCGAAUCUAGUGUGAAGGAGACGGAAUUCCAGUACUCGGACUCCUGUAGUAGACUCAUCUACCUUGAAUCGCAGGAUGUGCAAGAUUCCUCUAAAUAUAGCUAUAGCAAUAUAGGGGAGGACAUCGCACAAAUUCAGAAUGAGCUGAGUAUCGGUAAAGAGAGGGUGGACGAGGCGUUGGCUCUCAUAGACGCUAAACUGCAAGUUUUCAUUUAUUCUGGAGUAAACCAAUACGAUAAUGAUAUUCAAAGUUUGGAGAAAAUCAGAGAAGAUUUAGUGCAGACUGAAACUAACAUUCGCAACGCGCAAGCUUUAACCGAAAAGGACUUUAAUGAGGAAAGCAUAGCAAAAUGCGAAAAUUUGUUAACGCAAGCAAAAAGACACGUUUCACAGGCUUUGAAAUUCAUGAAAGCUUUGACCAGUAGCUACGAAGUCAACUACAGCAGCAGCGAAAAUGAUAAGAGAAGCAGUGAUGAGGACGAUGUUAAAAAUAACGACGACUGUUACGGCGGAGAUGAGGGAUCAAGAAAUAUCAAAACGUUGCUGGAAAAAGCCGAUAAAAAUUUUGAUAACGCUCUAGAGAUCCUCAACAGUCUUUCAAAUCAGUAUACGGCCGACUGCGACAACAGUCAAAACGAUGAAAGCGAUGGCUCAGUUAGUGAGGAGGAACAACCGAGUUUGACACAAAGACGUUUGGAAAUUGCCCGCAGACAACUGAAUAAGGCUCUGAAGUCAAUUACUAGUAUUGUAGAUUAUUACACCAAUUUAGGUGACUGCAAAGAGCAUGCCAAUGAUCUAGAACAGGUAAAAGAUCAACUUAUUGAGUCCAGGAACAAAAUAAAUGAUGCCCUGGAAAUCCUACGCAGUCAGCCAGAUCCUUAUGCUAUUGAAUACGCAGGAGACAAUCCUGCAAUAGAAAAACUCCGUGAUAUAUUUAUAACCGCUCGCAAUAACAUCAGCAAAUCUCGUAAGAUCAUACAAGCCUUGGAAGCCUUAGGACGAAAAGACUUCCCAGCUAAUCUGUUGAAAAAUGCUCUUAAAAAGGCUACAACGAAUAUCAACGCUGUUCUGCUAUCAUUGAAUGGGCAAUCGACCCGAGAUUCAGAAGAAGACGACAGCCCCGAUAAUGCAUACAACGGGAGCGACCAAUCAGUAAGUUUGUUGGAAACCGUUGUGAAACGUGCUCUUGACGAUAUAGAAAAAGCCAGCGAGUGUGUUGUCAAGAUGAUUGAUUCUUAUAUCUCUGCCAAUGAUUACUCAAAUGUCUACGCAGGAGAGGUAGGGGAGCUGAAACGACUAAGUGAUCAAAUGGAGAAUGCGAAAACAAAAUUAUACAAGAUUGUGGAACAAAUUAGCACCCUAACUGAUCCUUAUCGCUUUGACCACUCAAGUAACACUGUUUUGGAAGAAGUCAGUGAUGUUUUAAAACAAGCUCAACAAAAUGUCGAAAAAGCUCAAAAGAUAGUUGACUCCUUUGGCGACGCGUACAGCUUUGUAUAUGGAGGGAACGACUUUCCUACAGAAGUUUUGAAAAGUUCUCUUCGUCGAGCUGAAAAGAAUAUAAAGUUUGGCAUGCUCCUUAUGGACAAGCUUUCAAACCCUUACGGAAAUGUGUACCAACCUACCGAUUUAAUGUUUGGUUUCAUACACGACCGUUUGAUGCUAUCCAGCUACGAGCUGCACAAUGCUCUUGCGACUAUUAAUAAAAUGCUAGACUCGUAUAGUGCUUCAAACGAAUAUUCAAACGUAUAUUCUGGCAACACUGUUGAACUUGAGCGUGUCCGAGCGCAGCUGGAACAGGCAAUUAAAAAUAUAGACACAGCCCUGUGCUCCUUUUCAGAUCCAUAUUCCUUUGACUACGUAAGCGAAACUGAUGUUAUAGAAAAAAGCACUAAUGUGUUACAAGACGCGCAGUCAGAUAUUACUGACGCUCUUAAAGUCAUCGAUUCAAUUGGAAAGGCCUACAGCAGUGAGUACAACACAGUUUAUGCUGGAGACAACAUCCCAACGGAUGUCUUAAAAGAAAGUCUCAACAACGCUAGAAAGAGCGUCAACGAUGCCAUGCGUCUUAUGGAACUUUUCUCAAGCCCCAGUUCCUAUGAUGGACAAGAGCAACAGUUAAUGAGUUUGAUGCGGCAGUUGUUGAACAGUGCGCUUGGGGAAUUGAGGGAGGUCCAGAAGAUUGUCCUCAACAUUCUUGAACCAUACAGUAGUUCAAACCAGUAUUCCAACGUUUAUGCAGGUGACAUCUCCGUGCUCAAACGUAUGGCCAAACCACUAAGGGAGUCCAGAAAAAUAAUUAAGAAUGCCUUGAGAAUAAUGCUUGCGGAGUCAGAUCCCUACAGCAGUUUUGAUAUCGGAAAAUUUAAGAAAAUGUUGUUGCUCGCUCGAAAAAACAUGAACAAAGUUAACAAAAUUUUGAACUCCUUGGGAGAUACUUACAGCAACAAUUAUAGCUCCUUGUACGGAGGAGAUGUUGUCCCAGCUCUGGCCAUCAAACGAAUGCUGAGACGGACUAGAAUUGAUAUCAACCGAGCUGUGGAGUUGGUGGCAGCUAUUCAGAACCCAUACGGAAAUGCAUAUGAAGCUGCUUUUUGGGAGAACAUUGACAGUCAAGUGACCACGGUCAUAAGAGAAAUAAAUUAUGCUGUGCGACUCCUGCGAUCGUAUCAAACUGAUAAAACGGUUCAGCUGAGAGUGAAGAACCAAUUGGAUGCAGCUGAAGCGGACAUUGACUCCUUGCUGGAAGCUCUCAGCACUCUUGCCCCAGAUUCGUACUAUAGCGAUGAUGACAAAGCUCUUGAAAAUGCCAGAAAGUCUCUCAAAGAUGCCAAGAAGCAAAUCAGGGAAGCCUCAAAGUGGAUGAAUGUUCUGACAGAUCCGUAUGUUGCCAACGGAGAGAAUUCGUUAAACAAGGUCAAGAUUUCCUUGAGGAAAGCCAGUAAGGAUGCCAGGGCUGUUAAGGAUGCUGUUGCUGACAUUACAAACUCUUAUCGUGGGCAAGACUAACCCUUGAGGUUUACUUGUUUGAGGCAGAUCUAAGAACUACAGUGAUAAGGAAAUAUUGAAUAGUUUCCUUUCGGUGAAAUUUCGUUUAAUUUAAAUACAUUUUGAAAUCGUGGACCCUGAUCUUUUACUAACGCCAUUUUAGGAAGUGUCAAAGGAUAGCCAUUUGGGUUAUACUUCGGCAUUUCGAAGAAAAUAUUAUUUUGUUUCUCUUUAACGAAGACUGACACUAAAUUUUUACUUCAACAGAAUCUUUGAUGAGAGAAUGACUAACUGGAAAGAAACAGUCCUUAAAGUUAUUUCUUUUCUUCCAAAAACUGACAAUAAAACCAUAAAAGAAAUGAUUUUACUCCCACCCUAUGUUGUGUCAUCAUGGCCUUUUUUUCAUUUAGUUCCUACCUGCUGUUUACGAAUACUGCUGCGUGCGGAUAAAUAAAUAUACUUCAAACUUA